AGAAAUUGUUAUUGGUUUGAACCAUGGCACUGAAACUAAUUAUUUUCCUGUUUACUUUACAUUAUGUUGUAUUAUGUUUUGCCUUGUCUAAUGGCACAUCAACCAGCUAUUUUUGUGCUUCUUCUUCCUCUGGAGUGGUAGUAAGUUAUGAAUGGGUAGAAAAGGAUAAAGGAAUACUUUCUUGGGUUAUGAACAAUACAGCAAACACUGUUUCCACUUUUAUCCUAGUCCGAGGAGCUAUUUAUCAGGACACAGAACUUAUUGGACCGUAUGCUUUUGGAGCAGCAUAUUAUCCAGCCUAUAUAUACAAUGGUUUGGCCCAAUAUUUUCAAGGUCCUCCAGUAACUUUACAAGAAUAUCAGUCUUCAGGAGCAACUCCUCUUGGAAUGGUCCAGCUUGAUUCUCAGCAGUUCUGGACAAGUUUUGUUUUUACGUUAUCUCCAGGUCAAAUAUUUCGAAUUGAGGAAGCUGGAUAUCUUUAUAAUGGUGAUGUCUUGAUUCCGGAAUGUCAAGGAGUUUAUGAACUAAGCUAUCAAGGGACAUUCAAUUUUCAAAUAAGUUAUUCGAUUGCUGAACAAUGUCAAGCAUUUGAUGAUGUACAACCAUGUCCUCCUUCUCCCUUUUCAAUGGGAAGUGCUGUUUACAGCGUACCUUCAUCCUCUGUUGUUAGCUCGAUGUUUUUACCUAGUUUGGACGAUCGUUUUCAGAUGACUUUUUGCACUUCGGAUGCCCUAUUCUCUCUAGCCUCGCGUCGUAAAGCAAUUCCCAAGUCUACUGAUCAAAGAGAGAGUUCUGCGUUGUAUCGAAAGGAGAAAUGUAGGACUAGUCAUCUAGGAUCAUAUCAUAGAAAUCCUAUCUUGCUCAUUCGUUGAACUCUUUUGUAUAAACGAAAACGUGAUCAG